UCAUGAUUUGGAGAAAUUUCCUUUCCUAUAAAAUUAAAGAAACAAUUAUGUAUCGUCAAAUUCUAAUUUCUUUUAUUCUUCUUGUUAAUCUUUUUAUUCUCCCAGCAACUUUAAAUGCUCGAGUUAUGAAAGAAAGGGUCGGUUUAUCAAUUAAGGAAGAACAAUUAAUGCCUGAAAUAUCUACUAUAAUUAAUAGGAAGAAGAGAGUUUCAAAAUUUUUAAAAGGCGCAGCAAUUGCUGGCGGAUUGGCCGUUGCUGGCGCUGUUGCUUAUAAGGCUUACAAAAAUUAUAAAAAAAAUCAAGAACAACAAGCAGCUGGAACUACAGGAAGAAAAUGAUUUGAGAAAGAUGCUUGAAGAGAAUAUUUUUAAAAUACUAUAACUAAUAAAUAUAAAAUAAAUUUUAUGUAGAUUGUUUGUUUU